CUUAUACUUUUUUGACAAACGACGUAACUCGAAACGACGUAAGUCGAGGGUCAAACAGAAACUUAACUGGAAAAGAUGCUCUCAACAAUUGUCUUAUUUAUUUUAUUUCAGAUGAUAUUUAAUUUUUCUAAAGCAUGUGAUCCAAAUAAACCGUUGGACAUUACCGUUUCGAAAAAGGGUGACAUUUUCAGCCCGGGAUACGAAAAAAAUGAAAAGUAUCCUUUGAAUACGAGAUGCAUUUAUUUUCUUCAUACCGAACCCGGAAAAAGUAUUCGUUUAAAGUUUAUCGAUUUUGAUGUCGAAAGUACCGAAUCCUGUGGAGGAGAUUCUUUAAGAGUUUUCGAAGGUCACGAUAUGGAACAUGGAGCCCAUGGAAUUUUUUGUGGAGAUUCUACUCCUGAAGAUAUUUUAUCUAUAGAAAAUGAGUUAUUUAUUGUGUUUUAUAGUGAUUUUAUGAUAAAUAAACGUGGAUUUCACUUUACUUACGAACCAACUGAAGAUGAAUCCCUUUGCCCAAAUGAUCUGGAAUGUAAGAACAGAAGAUGUGUUAGCAAUUCAAAAGAAUGCGAUGGUGUAGAUGAUUGUGGAGACGCUACCGAUGAAGAAGAGUGUGAACAUUCGAUUGUUGAAGCCGAAAAAUGUGGAGAACCAACAAUAAAACCAUCAGAACACGAUUACGGCCGUAUAGUAGGUGGAUUUGAAGUUACUCCUGGAAGUUGGCCCUGGCAGGCAGACAUUCAGUUCGAUUUGAUACAUCCUAGUGGCCAUAUCUGUGGAGGAAGUCUUAUAAAUAGCCAAUGGAUAGUGACAGCUUCUCAUUGUUUCGAGCAGUGA